AAACACACCGAUCAAAGUUCUAUAACUUAGCACCGUCCUUUAUUGAUGGACAAGGCAUCGCGGCGGCGGACAUGGCCACGGGGAAGUUGAUCGGAUCUCUGCCGGUGGAGGUGGAGAGCGUGCAGGCCCUGGCCGCAUCUCUCACUACCUCAGAUCACAUCCCUACAAGAUACAGCCGACCCGAAGCAGAAUCCGAGCCCGUCAUGAUCAUCACCGGUGACGCCGAGGAUGACAUCCCAGUCAUCGAUUUCCACAAACUCCUCGACCCCGAACUCUCCGACGCCGAGUCCUCCAAGCUCGACCUAGCUUGUCAAAAUUGGGGCUUCUUUCAGUUUGCCGUUUCAUCAAAAAUGCAGUUGAUAAACCAUGGUGUUUCCGAGGAGGUGAUUCAGAAGAUGAUGUUAGUGAUUGAAGAGUUCUUCAAACUUCCAUUAGAUGAGAAGAUGCUAGUCAAGCAGCGUCCUGGCCAACUUGAAGGCUAUGGCCAGAUGUUUGUUAUCUCUGAGGAACAGAAGUUAGACUGGGCUGACAUUCUCUACUUUUGUACUUCGCCUCUUCAUUUGAGAAAAAAUGGAUUUUGGCCUACAAAACCAUCUACUUUCAGGGAUGCCUUGGAUAAGUAUUCUAUGGAGGUGAAGAAAUUGUCAAAUUGUCUUCUUGGAUUUAUGGCUAAAAACUUGGGACUCGCUCCUGCAGAGAUGGCAAGAAUGUUAGAGAAUGGAACUCAAUAUGUGAGGAUAAACUGCUAUCCUCCCUGUCCUGAGGAUAAGAAGGUGUUGGGCGUGUCCCCUCACUCUGAUGCUUCUUUUUUAACUCUUCUUCUUCAAGUGAAUGAUGUUCAAGGGCUACAAAUCAGGAGAAAUGAUAAGUGGUUCCCUGUCAAGCCUCUUCCUGGUGCUUUUGUUGCUAAUAUUGCAGAUGCAUUUGAGAUAUUGAGCAAUGGAAAAUACAAGAGCAUAGAGCACAGGGCAGUCACAAACACAGAGAAAGAACGCUUCUCUAUUGCAGCAUUUCAUGGUCCAAACUUUAAUGCCAUAAUUGGACCACAUUCAGAGUUUGUUUUGGAGGACGAGCCACUCUACAAGAGUCUGGACUAUGAGAGCUAUAUGAAACUCCGCUACGCAUCCAAACUGGAUGGAAAGAACUUCUUGGGUCGCAUGAAGCUGAACAAUUAAUGCAACUUGUACCUUUUGUAUUGUAUUAUCAUUUAUCACUCCUAUUUGGGUUCUGCGUUUUCUUUCAUAUAUAAACAUGCAUUUCUGUA